GCCAGGGAUUCAGAAGCCGGUCCUCACCUGCUUGUCUUGCUAACCCAUUCACAGCAGAAACUCCCUCUGGUGACCAUGGCAAACGUCACCGUAUGCGUUAGGUUCAGGCCCCAGAACAAGAUUGAGCUUCAGGAAGGCGGGUUGAUCUGCGUGGAGAAGAACUGCGACCAGUCCUUCUACCUCAAGGCACGACGCUGACGUCGUAGUUUGCUCGUUCGCCUCUUCUCACGGCAAGCGCCUAAGGUCAUUGUGUUGCAGGAUGAGAAGGACGAGAAGACGCUUUUCAUGUUCGACAGGACCUUCUUCCAAGACUCGACCCAGCAGGAAGUCUUUAGCUACGUCGCGCUGCCCGUCGUGCAAGAUGCUAUGUCGGCGAUCAACGGCACGGUGCUCGCCUAUGGUCAGGUAUGAUCGGAUCAGCUUCGCGAUGAACGAUUCGUCGUGCUAACCGCCAUCACUUAUUGCAGACUGGUGCAGGCAAGACACACACAAUGGAGGUGAGCACAACUUGCGUCUCCGCAUCACUCUGAUGCCCACGGCGAGUCUGAAGGUAAUCUUUUGUUAUGCAGGGACCGAAUAUGCUCAUUGACGAUCCCGAGAGUUCGGGGAUCCUCCCACGUGUCGCAAAGGAGAUCUUCGUCAAAAUAAAUGCGACUGAGGCCCCCAACGAGUACAAAGUCGCGUUAUCUGUGGUAAAGUUUUAGAACAAUUGUCGAUUUUGGACUCAGACCCUGACCUAAGCUAACAGGCCGUUUGGACAGGUUGAGAUUUACAUGGAGCGAAUCAGGUAAUCCAAUCGCACUUUCUCUGGGCCUUACGGACCUAUUUAUACCUCUUACAAGAUUAUGCCGUGAACACAUCUGUGUCGGGAUAGCAUCCCUCAUGGACCGCCAUCCUAGCAGGGACCUGUACGAUGUGUCCAAGGACAACCUCGUGGUGAAAGAGGAUCAGACGCGAGGGAUAUCCAUCGCUGGUGUCACUGAGAUAUAUGUUGAAGGGGAGAAGGAGAUGCUUCAGCUUCUUGAGGUGGGUUGGGUUGUCACUUGUGUUUCUGUCCUCCGUCAGACUGCUGAAUAUGUAAUUCAUUUCUUUAUUCAGGCUGCAAUCAAGAACCGAGCUGUUGGGGCUACCAGUAAGUGCUUUGCAGGUGCAUGGGGCCUGUUAAAUUUUGUCCUGUUCGGAAAGCGCUUUUUUCCUCACACGAAAUUUUGCCGCAGACAUGAACCAGGGAAGUAGCCGCAGUCACUGCAUGUUCCUACUGACGAUUCAGCGGACCUCUGCCGAUGGCAGCAGGUGUGGCAGUGAGGCAGUUUUCGCAUUUCUGCUGCCCAUUCGUUGUGCUCAUUCGAGAAUCUCCUUGGCAGCUCGCAAGCAGGGAAGAUAUACCUCGUGGAUCUGGCUGGUUCUGAGAAAGUGGACAAGACUGGGGCGGAAGGGAGGCUGCUUGAUGAGGCCAAGAUGAUCAACAAGUCGCUCUCAGCACUGGGGAAUGUCAUCAAUGCGCUCACGUCUGGUGUGGAUCCAAUUCUGCUUCUCAAAUAUCCUGUUUAAUGUGGCAGAAUUGUGGAUGCCCGUGUCUGAGAUUGAGAAUGACUGCAGAUAAGGUUACGCAUAUUCCAUACCGCGACUCCAAGCUUACUCGUAUACUGCAAGAGUCACUGAGCAAAGCAAAUCAAGAACAAGCCUGUUGCCAACAGAGAGGUGGGGCGGGGGGAGCUUCAGCGGCGCUUGCAGGAGUCAGAGAUGGAGUGCGAGUUCCUCAGGCAGCACAUCCAGACCUUGACUCUGGCCAUUCAAAGGCUCCCUGGCGGAGAUGAGGUCUUGAAGGGUGUUGGCGAUCCAAUCAGCGAAAGAACUUCUGGAUCCAGGAACAGCCUCAUGGGAAGCCAUAUGCUAGCUGCCUGCAUUGAUGGCUUGCAUGGCAUUUUGGCCAGUGAGGGCAUGGCGUGGGCGUCUGAGCUACCCACCAUUGAAGACGCGAAUGACAUUCCGAAGCUCCUGACUGGUGCGGUUGAGAAGCACCUUUCAACCCAGUCCAGUGAGGGCGAUGAAGACAAGGACCUGAAGUACCUUGAAGAGGCUCUAAAUGACAUAGCUGGCCGAAUCAAGAAGCUGGAGAACAAGAUUGGACGAUAGCACCGCCUGUCACCACCAUCCGCAGCAGUGGAGUCCCGUCCUGUGCUAGCACAUGCUGCAUGCAGAUUUGGUACAGGCAAUUAAGAUCACACACCACCAGGGCCUCAGAUUGCAGGCUUUUUACCCUGAUUCAGGGUAAAAUCAGGGCUUUUUUGGGGGGUGACCCUGAUGAGACAGGAUUUUUUUAAGACAGAGGCCUGAAAUUUCAGAGUUUUUUUAAGAGUGAACUCUGAUCGAUCAGCGUGCGUAGUGUAGUGUGGCCUGUUUUUCCAGCGUCGUAUCGAAGCCCGACCCUGAUUCUUGUAAUAGCGGAUUCCCAGCC